GUUCUCCUUCAAAGCUUUAGCUGAGCUCCAGAAGGACAGGAAAUGCCUGCACAGGAGGAGGAAAUGUCUCUGACCAAUGGAGCCCGAGCGCACCUCCCUCACGCCCAGAAUGACAAGCGCGCAGACCUAUUAAUGACCCCGCGCGCGCACGCCGCCUGUUAUUGGCAGAUAUGAGGCCAAUGCUGUGGUGCUGAGAGCAGUGCGUCGUGCAUGCAGGAGAAGGACGGAGAGGAGCGUUUCUCUGAGGGAGAAGUUUGAUGGAGGUGCUGAAGAUGGCGGAUGGAGACAGCGGGAGCGAGCGCGGGGGCCUCCAAAACGUCCAGCGGGAGCAGGAGACCCAGGAGCUGGCGUCCAAGCGCCUGGACAUCCAGAACAAGCGCUUCUACUUGGAUGUCAAGCAAAACGCGAAGGGCCGCUUCAUUAAGAUAGCGGAGGUGGGCGCCGGGGGCUCCAAGAGCCGCCUGACUCUUUCCAUGUCCGUGGCGGCCGAGUUCCGCGACUAUCUCGGGGAUUUCAUCGAGCAUUACGCCCAGCUGGGGCCGAGCAGCCCGGAGCAGAUUGCGCAGUCGUCCGGCGGCGAUGACGGCGUCCCGCGGCGGGCUCUGAAGAGCGAGUACUUAGUGCGUGAGAACCGCAAAUACUACCUCGACUUGAAGGAGAACCAGCGCGGAAGGUUCCUGCGCAUCCGCCAGACCCUCAACCGAGGUCCCGGCUUCGGCGUCGGGGGAGGGGGCGGUCCCGGAGGCAGCGUGCAGGCCGGCCAAACCAUCGCGCUGCCGGCGCAGGGCUUGAUCGAGUUCCGAGACGCUCUGGCAAAGCUCAUCGACGACUACGGCGGGGAGGACGAGGAGCUCAGCGGGGGGCCCGGGGCAGCGGUGGCCUACGGCGAGCUCCCAGAGGGCACAUCCAUCAUGGUGGACUCCAAGAGGUUCUUUUUCGACGUCGGCUCCAACAAGUACGGCGUGUUCCUGAGGGUCAGCGAGGUCAAGCCCAGUUACAGGAACUCCAUCACAAUCCCCUUCAAGGCCUGGGGGAAGUUCGGAGGAGCCUUCAGCCGCUACGCCGAGGAGAUGAAGGAGAUCCAGGAGAAGCACCAGGAUAAGGUGAACGAGAGGAGAGAAGAGUCCGAGGGCGAGGACGUGGACGACGACUGACCCCAGGAGAUGUGUGGAACAAGUGCAUGAACUGAACUCAAAAUAGCCUACUAAAAUAUUCAUCCGAGAGAAAAAUAGAUCUGUGAAGUUUCAAUGUGGUGAGGUUUUGGGUGGGGGGGGGGGGGUCGUCUAUUAUUGAAGCCAUGGGGCCAAGGAUGUCUCGUGGGUUUUGAUUUAUUUCUGAUGCUGCCCUGUCCUGUGAAACCAGCGGGUUUAAUUCUCUUGGUUAGCAAUUAAACCUUUGUUACAUCAGCGCUAAGGCUGCUGAAUUAUGAUAAAACCAGGCUAUAAGGGUGCAUACUGUCCAACAUAUUUUUAGAGGAGAUACAUUUAUAUAUAUACAGUAUAGAUAUAACCGUCACUGGCCAUGGUGUGUUUCCUAUAGACGCAGCAUGAGUCUUUCUAAACCUACAUCAGAAGUUGUGUUCUCAGAUGAUUUUUUUCCCCUUUUAUAGACCGAUGUUCCCUAAGUUAUUAUUUUAGGCUUUUUUUUUGUUCUCGCAUCAACAUGAGUUUUAUUUGGCCAACUUGAUUGAGCGUCGAAAUAUUUUAAAUUAAGAUUUGGAGCAGCUUGACCCCUGAUUUUGUGUUUGUGUGUCUCCGCUGCUCAUGGCGAGACUUUUUAAAGUCAUAAUCUGACUUCUUUACAGGCAUAAUUGAUGGAAAUGAUUGCUUUAUGGUGUUCUAUCUUGACACUAUGGACCGGUGGGAUAUUUUGGUUUCGGGGUCAACAUACAGAAAGCUUAGUUUUUUCAGACUUGGGUCCAAGUGCCCUCUGAAUAUUUAAGGAUAGAUCGCUUAAAUCAACAGACAUGUGAUGUGAUAUUAGUUAAUAUAAUAAGAAACGAGCUAAAUGGGCGAGUGUAUUUUCACCCCAUCCCCUUUUGCGUUUUCUUUAACUUUAAUGUGAGAUUGUUCUUUAUCAGAGAAUACGUAAACAAACCAGCAUAUUUUUGAAUACACAAAGUAAAAAAUUAUAUAUAAAUGAAAGAAUUAUUUAAGCUCAAGAAGCUAAUUUUGUAAAAAAGAUAAAUUAGCUGGGAUUGGAAGACUGUCCA